UGAGAUCGCCCCUUCUUACCGUCGACUCCUCGAAACUGCCCGGAUACAUAACUUCGCCCUUCUCCACUACGUCGACCCAUUUUCGCGCAACGCGACCUCAAAGCCGGUCGUAAAUUUUUUUCCGUAUAUUUCAACAAUAUGUCUCCUCUUCAGCGACCCCCAGCUCCGCGAUUGGACAGUGAUGCAGACAUGCGAUCGACUGACAGACUAAAUUCUCAAUCCGGCCGAUCCGCAAGUAGUCUGAACGCUGAAGUAGCCUCAUCGCGUCUCAGGAGUGAACUACAGCGGCCCCACCUGUCAGCUUCCACAUCUCCAAGCGCAAGUUCGACCAGUCUUGCGCCUCACGAUCAUCAACAUUCCUCUCCCUCAUCUUCCGAAUCUAUACCCCCGAUCAAUUCGUUCGCAUAUAAUCCAUGCCCUACCGAGUCUGGAAAUAGUGUACGAAGUAGCAGUGAAAGUCGGAGUAGCGAUGAUGGCAGUUCUGCCGAUUAUAUAAAUAUUUCAAAGUCACAAGCCGCCCAGCUCAGUCUUCCACCGUCUCGACGAGGCCACCACGAAAGGCCCUUAAGUCGGAGACCGGGUAUAGGUCCGAUCCAGGAACAGUCACCCUAUCUGAAAGCGACUCCACCGAUGAGUGUGAGAGAUUUAGGUUCUGACUACACUCGCUAUUUCAAUCCAUUUUCUGAUAGCAGAAGAAGCUCCUGGGUCUCGCUCGGGGGAGCAUCUACGCCUCUCGCCGCUCGGUCGACUGGCAGCCUGUCUCUUUCUAGUACUCCGCUUGUUACCCCUGGUCUUGGAAUUCUCGCUGCGAGUUCUACCUCGAAGCUUGUAUCCACGGAUUUCUACAAUGAGAAGUCGUUCUCGCCGUGGAUGGAUGAUCGUCUUGCUGCGCCCUUUAGUGAUAACGGCGGUUACAAGUUUCCUUUGUUCAAUGACGAAAAGGAAGACGACGAUGACAUGCACAUGCCCAUGGCCGAUGACGAUAUUAGACUAAAGCCGAGCUGGCGCGACCAUCUCAGCCGCGAGAACAUCGCAUCAACCGUAGGCUUAGCUAUGAUGCUGACGGGUCUCUUGUUCGUCUUUGUUGCCAUGCCUGCUUUAAGUUACAGGGGAAUAUGGUCAUGGGGUAGUACUUAUCGCGGCGAGGAGUAUCCAAAACCCGAACCCUGGGCGAUAGUUAACAACAAAACCUACCCUAUAUUAAGCAAUGUGCGCCGCACACUCAUCGAUCCGGAUACCCCAGAAGAUGCCAAAACCCGCACAGAUAUUAACGGAGACGAGCUUAUCCUUGUGUUCAGUGAUGAGUUCAACGAACCGAAUCGUACCUUCUAUCCUGGAGAUGAUCCUUAUUUCUUCGCACCAGAUUUCUGGUACGGAGCAACAAUGGAUCUGGAAUGGUACGAUCCGGACGCGGCGACCACGUGGGAUGGUACACUCGAGCUGCAGAUGGACCAGUUUCCGAAUCACGGCCUUAAUUUGCGUUCUGGAAUGCUUAACACAUGGAAUCAGCUCUGCUUUAAGGGUGGUGUUUUUGAAGUCUCCAUUUCACUUCCAGGCCCGGGCGGAGUCAUGGGAUAUUGGCCAGGUGCGUGGGCCAUGGGUAACCUUGGGCGACCUGGGUAUAUGGCCACGACUGACGGUCUGUGGCCCUAUACAUACAACGAUUGUGACGCGGGUAUCACCCCAAAUCAGUCUAUGGCCGAUGGAACCUCGCGCCUUCCUGGCCAGCGCUUGAACUCAUGUACAUGCAAAGGAGAAGACCAUCCUACGCCUGGGACUGGUCGAGGUGCUCCCGAAAUCGACAUUUUAGAGGGUAGCACCAAUGGCCGAGGCCUUGGGGUCGUGACUCAGUCCUUUCAGGUAGCACCUUUCGAUAUUUUCUACUACGCCGACUACGAUUACCUUGAAUACCCUGAUUACAGCCUUAGUUUCCCAAACACAUGGACUGGGGGUCCAUUCCAGCAAGCCGUAUCCGCCACAAGUAAUUUGAACAACAACUGGUAUGAUGGGAAACAGUACCAGAAGUAUGCCUUCGAAUACGUACCAGGAUCAGGAGAGUCUUCGUAUAUAGCUUGGUAUAUCGGGGAUGACGUCACCUUCAAGAUGAAUGCUGAUGCGGUACGUCCAAACGGAAACUCCGGGCAGCGCAUCGUUGCUGAAGAGCCAAUGUCUUUGGUCCUUAACUUCGGUAUGAGUACUAACUGGGCCUUCAUUGACUGGGAGCAUCUUGUGUUCCCCGCAGUCAUGCGUGUUGAUUAUGUCCGGUGGUACCAACCAAAGGGGAGCCAAAGUGUGACUUGCGAUCCGCCUGGGUUUGAGACCACAGAGUACAUUGCGAAUCACCCAGAGGCCUACAACAAUAUCAACAAGACGCUUUGGAGUCAGACUAGCUACAAAUGGCCGAAGAACACACUUAUGGAUGGUUGCGAAACGUAGAUCGUGGUAGGCUAGUUGCAUCCAACCCCGGUCUACAACUUCUUACCAGUGGUAUUAUACUACGUUCACUCCUGGCGAUCCAGAUGGAUGUUAUCGAUAGGACAGAAGCACUACAUUAUCGACCUUGCUUUGGGUUCACCUGAACUAACAUGGUGGUACACAUACAUACCGCGUCUCCUGAACCAAAUUUUUUUAUGGCGCAUACGACUUGAUCUUAUAGACACCAAAAUAAUUGAUGGGAAACCUAGAGGGAAAGGUAUUCCGGUUAGACGCUAUCGGAAUGGUUUAGACUUGGACUGUGACGGA